AGUACCAGGUACCAGGGGCGGACUGACCAUUUAGAAACUCGGGCACUGCCCGAGGGUCCGGGGUCAGUAGGGGGCCCCAUGAGAUGCCCCUGGUACCUUUUUCAUAGGCUUUUUUGAGUUUGGGCAAGGACACAGGGGCCCCAUGAUCCCCUAUUGCCCGGGGGCCCCAUGAGUUGUCAGUCCGCCCCUGCCAGGUACUAAUGCUGAUGUUAAAUGGAUCUCUCCACUGUCAGAAUACAAUAGCUUAGCAGGGAGGAUUCCCUCA